ACUUCAGGAGAAAUAACUUGUGCUAGCUUUUGCAAAAUGCAUUUACCAAAUUCAAAUCAAAGUUGUGCAGUGAACAGCAAUUCUGCUGGUUCUGACUCAGAAUUUUCAGAGUUCAUGUGGAUGGCUGAAGAAGAUCUAGAGAGUUUUGAUCAUGAGGUACUUGUUGAAGUUGAACAGCAGCUCCAGCAGCAACUCCUGAGGGGUCCACUCGAUGCAGGAGAAGAGGAAGAAGUUUUCUUGCAGCAAAUGUUGAAUGAAGAGGAAGCCAGGGAAACUGUCUUCUAUCCCCAACAUCAAAUGAUGGUUAACCAAGCCCAGCUAGAUCAGAUGCAGAGACAGUUUGAGACCAUGCAACUUAAUCGGCAGCAGCAACAACAAAUGCAACAGCUGCAGCAACAGCAACAAAUGCAGCACCUGCAGCAACAGCAGCUUUUGCAGAUGCAACAAAACGGCCAUUGUCUGAGCUCUACGUCAGCAUCAAAUCAUAACUUCAAACUGAACCCUGAAGCUGCUGUGUUUGUGCCCCGUGAGGAGAGCUCCCAAGACGCGCCUGAAGCAGCCCUGACCAACGGUGGAGCCUCUGUUGCAACGAACGGCUCGUCUGCUGCUCCUGACAGUCACUCUGAUGGAGGCGCGGCUUCAUCUUCGCCGCAGCAGUAAAGCAACAUCUUCGUAUUGAGCUUUGAAAAUCUUGAAUGCCCUGGUAUUUAAAUGUGUUGUUAUGCUUCCUUUCUAUCUGCUCUACUCUCUGUCGAAUUUUCCGGUAAAAUCGUAUUGUCUGGUACAGCAUUUUUCAAAACAAUGUUCAUGGUUUCGUUACAUGUAUGAUCAUCUAAUUAUCUAGUGGUUUAGUGUCCAUCUUUGGUUGAUGUGCUUUAAUGACAUAAAGGCUGGUUCGAGUCAUAAAACAUGCAAUAAAUUCUUUUAUAUCACAGGUGACUCAAGUUGUCUCGAAAAAUUAGUUCGAACUGUAGUAGAUAAUUGGUACCUACUAUUUGCUGAGCGAUCUUUCACUUAUAUACAUAUUUAAGAUUAUUAAUAAAAACGGUAUUUUCCUUAAUGUGAUUCCUGCUGUGUCUUCUGGCUUUCAAUGAUAAUAUUUUACUCCUCGACUUCUUCUGUGUGUACUUGCAGUUCUUUAUCUCGUCGUGUUGUACGUACCACUUAGAUUACUCAGUGUAUUGAUCUUCUUGUGACAUAUUUUGUUCUCAGUCACAAGGAGUGAAAUCACUGCCAAUGCUAUUGGAAAAAUGUAUGGUUAUACUUAUUGUUACUUGCUUACUGUAAGUUUAGUGUUAGUGUACCUGAUCUGCUCGUGAAUGUUAUAUUUCUUAUGUUUUUUUCUAUGGACUUAGAAAGGCGUAUUUGAAUGACUACCUUAAGGUUUAAUUGAAUAAUGGUCCUUCUGGUUUCCUGUAUUUUUCAUGUAAUAUCAAAUAUUGAUGAUAUCUUCAGAAUUAUUUCUCAAAUUCCUGUUUGGUUUCAUGACUCAAUUCAUGAUAACCUGACAUUUUCCUUCAUACAAGAUUGAAUUAUAGUAUCCUUUUAACUUCAUAACAAAACGUUACUCUCAUCCACCACCCAAGACUUUUGUGUGACAGAGGAAAUCAUCCCCGAAGUUUUGCUGACCCACCUACUCACUCGUUAGGUUGUAAUUUAUCUCGAUGUUAUUUCUCUUGUGUUCUAAUUUGUAUUUAUUUGUAAAUGGGUUGACAGGAGCGAUACCAAGGGCUCAAUGUCGUAAACUAAGAAGCUUUGGCCCUUCUAUCCUUAAUAUUUUAGUCUCGGCUCGUUUAUUCUGUUUGGAUCUUUAUUUUUAAGGAAAUAUGUAGAUUUAUAUUUGCUUUUUUGUUGACUCUUAUCGCUAUAAACAAAAAAAGGAAUUUGGUUGUAAUGUCGUUUUGGUUUCUGCUUUUAAAGUAACCCACGUUUAAUUUAUCAUCUGACCAGAAAUUAUUAUAAGAUUGUUUGGUUUUCUCUGUGGUGCAUCUUAAGAUUUAUCGUUAAUUAUAUACAUUUUUUUAGUUCGACUACAUAUACCGUAGCUAUUUCUUCUUUAAAUGAUAAUUUAAACCGAAACACUAAAGGAAGUUGUAUACUUUUAUAUUCAGUUUGUUUGAUACAAAUCUCAGAAGCGGUACAAAAUUGUUGAAAUUUAUUAUGAAAAUAUUUUUUUUUUAGCUUUACGGAGUUCAUUGAAUUUACUUUGUUAUUUGAAUGGAAAUGGUUUUGCAUUUCUUUGUGGAUGCAAGGAAUUGAGCAACGCCCAAAUGUUUAGGGAGGUAGUAUGCUCUACCUUGAGUAGAAUGUGUAGAAUUGUAUACCCAGAAUGUGUAUUUCUAUUCAAAAUCUUUAUUAUAAAUUACAAAUGCUUUAGCAAGAUGCCAGCAAUUGUGUCCAAGAAAGGCAAAGCGUUCGAGUUCUAAGUUCCGUGCUGAUAACGUCAUCUGUACCAUAUAUGAAUUAAUGGAUUCUAAUAUCCAAAGACUUGUUAAAGAGGCUGACAAAAAUUAGCAGCGGGAAAUAUCUGUCUCUCAAUUAUAGAAAUUCAUGUGACCAAAUUCUAUCUUGAUGUCAGAAGUACUAAUAUUGACGUAAGUAAAACGGUUCUUCGUGGAUUCUUUUUUUUUCUUCUCUCAUAGUUAACGCGUAAAAAACAUAACCUCGUAGUGUUUACGUUCAUUUGAGAUGUAUAAUAUAUAUAUAUAUAUAUAUAUAUAUAUAUAUGCAAAACUUUCUCAUUUCUUUUGCACUAUGUGUCAAGUAAUUUUUGUCUAGUAAGUUUAUGUAUAGAACGAUUUUUCACAAUACUUACUCCUUUUCAUACUGAUGCGCUAAAAACUCAAAUUCCUUGGAGGAAUCCAUUGUCUACUUGGGUUAAUAAAAUUAAUAGUACGCUUUUUCUCCUGCAAAUAAGUUUAAGUUAAUGUCGAAAUUGCAGACUUUGCAUGUGCUGGUGGCCACUGCUUUAUCAAUGGCACGCACCUUCACUAAUAUUGUUUCCUGUCUUGAGAAAUUUAUUGUUAGUGAAGCAAUUUAACACAUCAUAUAAAUUUAAAAUUAACCAUUGUCGUUAGCUUAAAACUUAUUCAAUGGUAUUCUGGAAUUUCAGUAACUCUAUAAAAACGAAUUGAAUUGAAGUGCUAAGAUAAGUUAGUUAGUACUUUGGCUGUUAAGAAUUUAAUUAAAUUGUGAAAUCUAAUCGAAUCUCUCGCGUGUAUGUGAGAUAUUAAUGCUAACUAAAUUCAGGCUACAUAAUUAAAUUCAAUCUACUUCGAUUAUAAAAUUAUCAUUUGAAAUUCUUGGCCUUACGCUGAAUCAUUAGGCAAUUGAAAUAUUUUGGUGAGCUAAGUCAAGCUUGUAUUACAAAUAAUUGAAGUAAAUCUCGUUACUGCAAAAGUUUUGCAUUGAAACGCGUGUCGUUACAGCGGUGCAGUUGUCUGCUUCGCUUGGGUUGUUAUUCGUCUAACUCUGUCCUCAUGGAAACUCUGCAGAACUGAACCUUUUGUGGUUAUGUAGCUCUACUAAUAUUCCUUGGGAGGUUACAGGUGUUUUGGGUGCAAUUUUCUUGGAAAUCGUUUGAUUGUCUACAAUCGUUUUUCUCUUAGCUUGAGUAGCUGUUAGCUUAUAAAAUAUUCAAUACUAUUUCAGUGUUAAGGCUGAGUUUACAUAUAAGAAGAAUAUUUCAGACAUUUAUUUGAGAUCUUUUAAACUGAUCAACUUAUUAACAUCUCUUGUAAUUCUAGUACAAAUGAACUAAUAAUCUUGCAUGGCUUAAGAACCUGGCUUGUCUGGAUGUGGUGUAAAGAAUUAAAAUUAUUUUUGUAUUUGUUGUAUUAGAUCUAUUGUCUAUGGUGCAUGAAAUACACUGAAAACUGGCCUGGAA